ACGCGGGAGUAUUGCGCGUUCUCAGUUCAAGUGUAAAGAAAUUUAACAAUUUGUUACAACGAAUUUGUUGUAAUUGUAAUAAAUAAUGCGGCAUACGACGUGCAAUUAAAUAAAUAAGGUGCCUAUCAGCGCAAACGGUUUAAUUCGCUCGAAAUACAAGCCAAAAAUAAAUGAAAUAUUUCGUUUAGUGAAGCAAACGCAAACAAGCAAAACGUGUACCAGUUUCUAAAUUGCAUUUACAAAGCAUACACAAAUUUCUUUAAAAUCUAAACAAACGCAAUCGUUUUUGCUAAGCUCUUUAUGCUGCCAAUCGCCGCUAUAUAAACAAAUCUGGCAUCAAUUUCUCGACAACUGCUGCCGCUGCAACAACCCAACAACAACAACUACAACAACAACAACAACGCAGCCAUCACCCACGCCAGUAAAAUGAAAUCAAAGCUGAAAACUGCGCAGCUGACGUCGCCGUUGUCCAGCAACGGUAAAUGGAUGCUGGUCUCAGCGCUGCUGUUAGUUCUGCUGGUGGCCGCCACCCAAGCAGCUGAAGAGAAAUCUGUGAAACCGUCGGCGACAGCACCCGCAUCCUCAUCCUCAUCCUCCACAUCAGCGAACCGAGAUGAAAUUUAUAUCGAUGACGAUGAAGGCUCCGGCGGACGUGGCGGGAUACACGAUGAUCUAGAAAGCGAUCCGAAUUCUUCUGGCUCUGGCUUUGGACCCGAUGACGAGGACGCCGACGUAACCGAUCGUCAUUCGAGCUCGCACAAUACGCGUGUGCAGAACGUGGCCAAUACAAAUACAGCUAACACACCAACACCAACAACACCAACAACAACCACAACAACACAAACAACAACCACCACAAGCACCACCACCAUCAAACCCCCAAUCAACAAUGCGCCCACUGUCAUCUCCUCAGGAGCGGAGCCAACUGGCACCACGAACUCCACAUCCAUAUCCAGCACACCCUCAACUCCUGCCAUUAAUCAGUCCACGCCCACAAUUGCAACGGGCCGGCAGCCGGUGUUGCCCGAUCGGGAUGAGGAUGAUUCCUUUGAUUUGGACGAUACGCAGGCGGGCAGCGGCGAUGGUGAAGAUGACGACGGUGAUGACAAUACUGAUGAUAAUGACGAUGACAAUGGUGAUGAUGAUGAUGCCGAGGAUGAUGAUGAUCAGCUAGUUGAUCCACAUCCCGAAAGCGAAAUCAGCCAAACGAGACACACAAAUCUGGACAAGUCCAACGUGGACACAAAUGAGCGCAAGCCGGUUGUGGAUAACGACGAGGAUGGCGACGAUGGGCGACUCAUCGAUUUGGAUGACAAUGUGGAUGAGGACGAUGUCUACACCGAGAUCAGUGUCAACAAGGAUGUGACCCACGCAGCCGGCGGAUCGGGCGGCAGCAGCGGCAACAGCAACGUCCAGGAAUUGGACCCGAAUACCAAUAUCAAUAGCCAGCCCACAGACACGAAGAUCAUCGAGCACAGGCCCGGCGGCAGCGGGGAGGUGGUCAUCAUGAGCGAGGAGGAUCGCACGACAAGUUUCUUUGCGCAGCCAGGCAUCUUGGCUGCUGUCAUUGGCGGCGCCGUUGUUGGCCUGCUGUGCGCCAUUUUGGUUGUCAUGUUCAUCGUUUAUCGCAUGCGGAAAAAGGACGAAGGAUCCUAUGCGCUGGACGAGCCAAAGCGUUCGCCCGCUAACAAUUCCUAUGCGAAAAAUGCGAAUAACCGUGAAUUCUACGCCUGAGAUAAUGGCCAAGCGCGCAGGUAUUAAGCUGAUCUGGGGCCAGGAAUGGGAGCAGCAGACAGGAUGUGACAGGGCGUGGCAGUCAACAGCAAUUGGCACGGGUUUGAAUACGAUGAAAUAAGCUCAGCUCAAUACACUGCGCGAAAUUUGCCCAGUUGUGGCAACAACAAACUAACAGAAACAACAACAGAAACAACAACAACAGAAGCAACAACAAACACAACAAACAACUCUUGAGAAAACACACAAUUUAUUCGUGAGGGGUAACAUUAAAACAAAUUAACAAAAACAAAAGAAAAUUCCGAAAAUUUUCAAACUUACCUGUAAGUUAAAUGCGUCACACACCCAACCACCCACACACACACACACACACAUACAUACAACAAGCAGUGUGUGCGUGCGUGCG